CAGCUUGGGAAUACAAUACAAUCAGAAACAAAAGGGAUAUGGGCCUGGUGUAGACCUCAUCCAAAAAAGGAAGACCAUGUUCUAUUGCUUUUAGAUACAGAAGGACUUGGUGAUGUUGCAAAGGGUGACUCAUUGCAUGAUAAUAAGAUAUUCACACUUGCUGCGUUACUCUGCAACGUACUCGUCUACAAUAUGAUGUCUGCAUUUAACCAGGAUGCCGUAGAAAAACUGACAUUCAUAACGGAAAUGUCAAAGAACAUAAACUUCAAGAGCAGGUCAGAAAUGGACCAAUACAGCGGUGAUAAGCUAGCUCUAAUCUUACCAACGUUUGUCCUUUGUGUAAGAGAUUUCUCUCUGGCAUUAGUAAAAGAUGGCGUCAAAAUAAGUGCAGAUCAAUAUCUUGAAGAUUGUCUAGACCUAAAACCAGGAAAAGACAACGACGCAGAAAAAUACAACAGACCUCGAAAGUGCAUAAGAAAAUAUUUCCCAACUCGAAGAUGCUUCACAUUUGACAGACCAGGCGACAGAGAAAUUAUGCAAAAACUUGAAACAGUUCAUGUUAAAGAUUUGUCAAAAUCAUUUGUUGAAGAUACGGAAUGCUUCAUUCACUUUGUUUACGGAUGCAAAGGAAAAGUUCUGCUGAGCAGUAAACCUGUGAGAGGGAUAAUGUUAGCAUCAUUGAUGGAAUCAUAUGUGCAUGCAAUACAAAAUGGGGCAGUUCCAGACGUAGAUGACGCAAUAUCGGUUGUAUCUAAACUUGAAAACCGACGAGCUUCCGAUAAGGCAAUACAAUCGUUUUCCCAACAACUGAAACGCAUCAAACUACCAGUCAUCAAAAAAGACGAUUUCAGGAAACUAUUUCAGAGCAUACAGGAAUCAUCCCUUUUAACUUUCAGACAAGAUGCAAUGUUUGACACUGAACCAUUUGAAAAGGAAGCAGCCAUGAAAAUGGAAGAAUUAUGGAGGAAGACGUCAACGGAAAAUAUGAGAUUAAUACAAAAGCACUGUUACGACCAACUUUUAGAUGUCUACAACAAUUCGGUGGGAAAACGCAUGCGCAGCGGAGAAUAUAAUGUAGCUGGAGGAUAUUCAAUCUACAGAAUAGAAUUAUAUGAUAUGAAGAUAAACUACAAUAAUAGAACAAAAAACGUCGAGUACUAUCAGACACAACAUGUUUUGCAAAAAUUUCUAGAGGAUGAAGUUAUAAAUGAAAGGAAGAUCAUGAUGGCUGAUCAAAAACUUACAGAAGCAGACAGAAAACGGGAACUCGAUAAGAUACAAAAAGAAAAUCAACAGGCGCAAACGGAGCAAAAGAAACUAUUCCAAACAAUGUUAAAAGAGGAAAAAGAUCGUUCUGAUAAACAUCUCGCAAAAAUGGAAAAGGACAGGCAAAUGUAUUUGAAACAGGAACAAGACAAAAUGAAGAUAUUGAUGGAUAAAUGGAAAGAUCAAAAGGAACUUAGUGAAAAACAAAUUCAAAUGAUGACAACAGAAAACGAAAAACAACGAGAAGAAUUUAAGUUGGAAAUUAAAAGACUGAAUGAUGAGAUUCUAGUUCGAGAAAGGGAAUGCGAGGAACGCUUCGAAAAGCUGCUUGAAAAAGAACAAAUGAAAAACCGCAUGCAGCAUGUUGAAAUGAAGGAAACAUUUGACAGUCUACUAGAAAUGGAAAAAGAAGACAAAAAGAAAAUGGCACAAGAAAUGCAGAUAUUUCGCAGUGAGUUACAGAAGACAAAACAAGAAAAGGAUGAAGAAAGACAAAAACAUGAAAAAGAAAAGCGCAGUCUUGAACAAGAAAAAGAGAAAGCUAAACGACAAGCAGAAUGUGAAUCAAAAGAAAAGAAAAAGGCCAUGGAAGAAAAAGAAUUGUUAACCUCUGCAAAUGAGCAAUUGGAACUAGAAAAGAAACAGACAACAAAAGAAAAUGAACGAUUAGAAAAUGAGAAAGCACAGCUAGCAAAAGCCAAGAUAAAAGAGGAAGAAAGGAGAAAAGCGUCUGAAAACAAAGUAGAACGAAUGAAAAACCGCGGCCUACUAGACAGAAUACUUGAUGUGGAUGUGUAAUGGCCUUUCAAAACCUGUUACUAACCAACAAUAAAUCGUUUCAUAUCAAUUUGUGCAAACAAGUAAGUAGUAAAUAUAGAGAAGGGAAGAAACAGAAUCACGAAUAAGACAAAAUUUCAAAAUUUGUUCUGUAAAUGCAUAUACAUGUAUUUACAUAAAGAAUCGCGGAUGUUAUAAACGACUGAAACUGGUGGUUGUAUUUCAAAUGCAUAUAUAAAGUAUUUUUAUAAGGUACUGACCUCAAAGUUUAUGGCUUUUCGCAAUUAUUUACUUGCUUUAAAGAUAUGUUAUUGUUGCUGAUAAUCAACAUUGCCUAAUUAAUCAGGUCUAUACCCAUUGUCAAGAGUGUGCAGAAGCAUGGACAAACAAGAUGGCGGCUGAUGAUCGUAGUUAUUCUAUCGUAACGUACAUAUAAUGCUCCCUACUUUGGUGUCUGAUAUACAUACGGUUUUAGAACAAGAUACUGUUACCGUAAAGUUAAACAUCGAACAGAACGUUAAAAAAAAUCCGUGACUGUGCCGUAUUUGUAACCCCUUUUCUCUUCCUGUCACGAAGUUUACGAAAUUUAGCUUUUGGUAAAUGUCCGUCUAUUAAAGUGUAGUGAGUAAGUAAAUCUACUAUUUUCAAUUUGAACCUCACAAGGGCAUUAACAGGCGCACCGGCGCGGGAUUUCCGUGCUUUCUCACCGGGAAGGGAAAGUAAGAGAUAUAUCAACUCGCCACCGUUUAAAACCACAAACAUUUAACAUACUGAACACAGUCAAAAUAGUGACAGGCAGAAAAAAGGUUGAACAAUUCAAAUCUGACCGUAUUGGAGUAUUUUUAAACCAAUACACAUAAACAAUAUUUAGACAUUUUUCCUUAUUGUUAUGUUUAAUACAACGAUAAGCAGCUUCUUCCUGGUGUUAUCUUGUAGAUAUUUGCAUAAACGUACAGUGUUUUUAGUAUCUAUAGUGCGAUAUGUAUAGUCUCUUAUAAUUCAUAAAUUGAUUGUCAGUGUAUUUCAUGAUAGUAAUGUUUAUUUUAAGUGUAUAUAUGAUAUGUGAUAAUAAUUAUAUUGAUGAGAAUCAAAAUAAAAGAAAUCUUGUGCAAAAGUUUUGAUAUAACGUCAGGCUAGAUGAAAUUAUAUUUGUUUAAUUGUUUAUUAUAGAAUCCUUUUUACCAUU